AUGCAUUCGAUCAACUGGCAACCAUGCUUCGUCUUUCAUUUAUCCAUAUUCGCACUCGGAUUAUUACUUAAGAGGCCGCUUUUUGAAUCGAUUGUCGCUUCGUACUUAUUGUAUAUACCUUUGGGAGGUUGGCGUUAUCAACGUAUCUUUAUUUUAACUAUUCUCAGAGACCUUGUUGGAUUACGAUGCUUGUUCAUGGUUCAGUUAAAUAUUCUCUGGCUCCAAUGGACGGGACAAACUUUUUCAGACGUGUUCAAAUGUACCGUAAAAAAGCGGGGACCAGAAAAGGUUGCUAUUUAUUUUGAGGACCAAGUAUGGACCUUUGGGCAGCUGGAUGCGUACUCAAAUAAAGUAGCGAAUUACCUGGCGAAAUGUGGUUUUAAACGAGGUGAUAUAUUGCUGUUGUUUAUGAAUUCCUGUCCGGCAUAUAUUGGGAUAUGGUUAGGAGCAGCUAAAGUCGGUGUUGCAACUGGUCUGAUAAAUACUAAUCUUUGUAAAGGAUCACUUAUUAAUUGUAUUAAAACGCUGAAUGCGCGUGGAAUAGUUGUGGGUUCCUCUUUGAAAAAAACUUUUGAAACGGUCAAUGAGUAUAAUGAUUUAUCAUUAGAGACGAUAUGGAUAGCUGAUGAGAAAAGUAGUUUACCAGAAACUGCUUAUUCCAAUUCAACUUCUUCAACAUGUAGCUGGAAUAUAGCACUUGCACAAGUUCCACACUGUACUCCAAUUCCACUCCAACGAAUUGCUAAUUCCCGUGAACAUUUGAUCUACGUCUAUACCAGUGGUACAACUGGUUUGCCUAAGGCUGCUAUUGUGACGAAUUUACGCUACACUCUAAUGGUUGUUGGUACUAAAUACUCAUUUGGUAUUAAGCAAUCCGAUAUUAUAUAUGAUCCUCUACCGUUAUAUCAUACAGCUGGUGGAAUAUGUGGAGUCGGACAAAUGUUACUAAAUGGUAAUACAAUUGUAAUAAGAUCGAAAUUCUCUGCAUCACAGUUUUGGCCAGAUUGUGUAAAAUAUAAAUGCACGGUUGCUCAAUACAUUGGAGAGAUAUGUCGUUAUCUUUUAUGUCAACCUGUAAGACCAACAGAUAAACAACAUCAUGUACGAGUUGCAUUCGGUAAUGGUUUAAGACCACAAAUAUGGAAAGCAUUUCAAGAACGCUUCAAUGUAAAACAGAUCGGGGAAUUUUAUGGUGCUACAGAGUCAAAUGCUAACAUUGCUAACAUGGAUAAUAAAUUUGGUGCAGUUGGUUAUGUUUCAAAAAUCCUUGAUGGUUUUUAUCCAUGCUAUAUCAUUAAAAUUGAUGUAAACACUAAAGAACCUAUUAGAGAUCCCGUAACUGGAUUAUGCAUACUAUGUGAACCAAAUGAACCUGGUCAUUUCGUUGCACGUAUUGGUUCAAAUAAUCCUUUUCGAAUGUUUGAUGGUUAUGUUGAUUCGGAAGCUUCCAAAAAGAAAAUUAUUCGAAAUGUUUUACACAAGGGUGAUUUAUGGUUUGCUUCUGGGGAUUUAAUGUGCUGUGAUGAUUUGGGUUAUAUAUACUUUAUCGAUCGGUUAGGUGAUACAUUUAGAUGGCAUGGGGAAAAUGUAUCCACUGCAGAAGUUGAACGUGUUUUAGAUCAAGCUAUUGGAACAUUAACUGGAACUGUAUUCGGUGUUUCUAUUCCUGGAACAGAGGGAAAAGCUGGAAUGGCUGCUAUUGCAUUAGAAGGAUUAAAACUUAAUUCUACAGAAGAAGAAAAUUUGGUUCAUCGAAUAAAUAAAGAGUUUACAGAGCACUUGCCUCCUUAUGCACGUCCUAUAUUCUUACGGUUGUGUCAAAAUCUGGCUAUGACUAGUACAUUUAAAAUUUGCAAAACAGAAAUCAGUAGUCUUGGUUUUGAUCCAACCAUUCAUCCAGUAGAUCAUGUAUACUUUUUAAAUCCAAAAACAAAAGUUUAUCAAAUAGUCAAUCAACAAUUAUUUAAUGAUAUUAAUAAUGGUGUAUUUAGUUUAUAA